CGAAACUUAAAAGCCGGGCAAAACCACUGAGUCUGUCAAUAGUUCACUACCAGGCAAGUCUGUCGCGGAACGGACGGUCUGUUUAACGUGGCGGACCUGUUAGCAGAAAAUGUAUUAUUUCAUUCUGAGGAGGAGGCUUCAGCUUCUGAUCCUUUCAGAAGUUUAAAGACAGCCGAGGAUGAAUAACUGAUGACGUCAGAUGAAGAUUCUCCACACCAAAAUCAAUGCUACCCGGAAUAACAUUGCUAUGUUUGUUCGGUAACUCACUGGCUGAACGAUAAUUCCUCAUUGGACAGUUAAAUAUUAGGCAGUGGAGAAUUCCUUGAUGUGUGCAGUUCCUCUGAGUGAGAAUGAAAGGAGUGGAAGAUCUCUUCAAAGAGCUUGAUUUGCAGCUAAUUUGCCUUCAAUGUUCUGAGCCAACGAAUGAGAGCAGUGUUGUUCUCAAAAAUGUAAAUCAUGAAUGCCAGCACCUCCAACUUGUUGCACGGAAGCCGCAAAGUGUAUGGAAAAUAAUUCGGAGGCGACCAACUUUCAUUAAUCCUGUGCGCUAUGAAGUAUGUUGGUUCUACAAGGAGGGCACUGGCUGCAAGAAACAUAGGAAUAACUGCACAUUUGCUUGGAGUAAGGAAGAAGCUUUAGUAUGGAAUUAUGAAAAAGAUAACAAAACUAAACGAAGCACCCUGAAGAAUUUAGUGGCCAAAAGAGCAAACAACAUAAAAUUGUGUUCCAACACACCUAGUGCAAAACAGCAGAGAGCUGAGGAAACCAUUGUUAAUGAAUUUGAAGGACUAUUUGUUGAAAUAUGUAAAGUUUGCUUCUAUAAGGCACCUCAGCAAAUAGCUGUUCAAAACUCUAAUGGCCUUUGUUCACUUUCACCACAGCAUAACUGGAAGCCAUUAUUGGUCCAUAUCCUUGCAGGCACCAAUGAUAUGAAGCAAUUCAAUGAAAUUAAAUCUCUCCCAUCUGUAGACAAAAUCCGGUAUUGUGAUACAGUAACUCGAGGAGAAUUUUGUCUACAUAAUGAUUGCAAUUUUGCUCAUAGUGAAGUUGAACUGAUGGUAUGGAUGUCAGAGGUGCAACAAGGUUUGAAGCGUCCCACGUUGCUUCAGAUAUCACAGCAACGGAUCAUGAAUGGGCAGCCCGAAGCAGUACAGAUGAUAGAAGACAAGGUUAAUUUCUACUGCAGAGUAUGUCUGAUAACCUUUUCUUCUCAGGAUGGAUUUGAGAGUCAUUGUUCAUCCAUAGAACAUGUUCAGAUGGUCAUGACAGACACGACUGUUGAGUGGAAACACCGAAAACCACCUCUUAAAGGAAAAAACAAUUACCAAAUGUGUCCAAGGGUAGACAUUUGUGAAUUUGGUGAGAACUGCAUUCAUGCCCACUCCCAUGAAGAACUUGAAGAAUGGCUAAUGCGGACAGAGGUUGGACAGAAUCGGAAGAAAACAGCAAAAAAUCAAGGGCUUAUUUCCUUUCGGGACAGUUUUCUUGAAGAAUACAGGAACUGUAGGAAUGAAAUACUGAUUGUGUCGACAGAAAUUAAUGGAAUAAACAUAUCAUGUGAUCGUGAUUUAAGAGUACACCGUUAUAAUAAAAAAAAUAAACUCAAGUGGAACUUUCAGAUUCAAUCUCAGAAAGCACUGUUGAAUGUUGCUCUGCUGAAGAGAGAACCUGGUGCAACAUUUUCACUGGAAGGAAGAAGUUUACCAAAAAAUUGCCUUAGUGCUGAAGGCAAAAAAUUCCAGUUAUCCAGAACUCUGUACAGUAUAGUUGUCUCAUUUGAAGCUGUGAACAUAGGAAUUUAUGAACAAUGGGUUGUUUUUGAUUUUGGAAACAGACCUCUUCUUGUCAGAAAGAUUCAUAUUGGUACAGAAGAUGUUUCUCAAAUAUCCAAUAAUGGGACCAGUGAUUUCCAGUUUGUCAGCCUGGAGAGAUGGAACAGUGGAAAUAGAAGGAUAAUACCUUGCAUGGAAAGAAAUGAACAAGAGCACGAUGUGUUGCAGAAAUACAAGUCACCAUCCAUAGCAUUGGAACACAACACCAAAGACAUGUCGAAAACUCCAAUAACACGCACAAAUUACAAAGAAAAAAUGCACAGUUUCCUGUACCAAGAGGAGCAAGCAGAAGCUGACAUAAUUUCAAGACUCAAUCUACAGGUGACCAUUUCAAUCACUGAUAAAUUGGAAGAAACCACGGAAGGGAUGAAUUUUGCGCCACCUGGAGAGCUCUUUGCUGUUGUUCCAAUGCCUCCUGCUCUGACUAACUCAAAUGAAGGCUAUCUAUUUAAGAGAGCAGUUAAAACUGCACUUUUAGCACCAAACCCUUCCUCCAACAACGAUGUUUAUGAGGCUGCCAUCAUCCAAGUGGCUACCACUGAAAGUCGCAUUGCUUUGAAGCUCUCACAGCGAUGCAUCGCUAGCCUUGGUUACCAGAAGGGAUACCUCUGUAAUGUAGAGAUUCAGUUUCAGUUGGACCGGCUUGCAUUUUGCUUCAGGCAUCAAGCAGUGGACAGGCUUUCCCGUGAGCAGAUUGUCUUUCCAGACUUUACCAACUGUUGCAUUCCUCAGUGUUCUCAAGCCAUUCCAAUUGGAAACCAAAAGCAACGUGAUGCUAUGACCUUUAUUACUGGACAAUGCCAUGGAAACAAAAUAGUGCCCCCUCUUCUCAUUUAUGGCCCUUUUGGAACUGGAAAGACCUUUACCUUGGCAAAAGCAGCAAUGGAAAUAGUAAAGAGACCAGAAACUAGAUUGCUUCUAUGUACAGAUACUAACAGUGCUGCAGAUUUGUAUGUCAAAGAUUAUUUUCAUCAAUAUGCUACUGAAUUUCCUGAAGGAAGACCCCUACGGUUGAAGUAUGUCAAGAAGGACCCCAUUCAUACUGACCCAAUUACACAGAAAUACUGUUUACUUUCAAACAAUUCAUUUGCUGCACCUGACAAAUGUACCUUGGAAUCAUAUCGUAUAGUGAUCACCACGUGCAUGGAGGCAAAAUUGUUCUCAGAACUCAGCCUUCCUCCUGGAUUUUUCACACACAUUUUGAUCGAUGAAGCUGCUCAGAUGUUAGAAUGUGACGCACUAAUUCCAUUGGGCAUUGCAGGAAACGAGACUCGGAUUGUCUUGGCAGGAGAUCACAUGCAAGUGACGCCAAAGCUUUUUUCAGUUGAAGAUAAUGAGAUGGCAGACUACACCUUACUCAACCGCCUGUUCCAAUACUACAUGAGAGAAAAACAUGAAAAGGCAGCUAAAAGCCGCAUAAUCUUCAAGGAAAACUAUAGGUCGGUGAAAGAGAUCAUUGACUUUGUGUCAGUACAAUUUUAUGUUGGAAAAGUCGACGUUAUUCAAGCAAGUGGAGAUGUCCAACGCCACCCAAAGUUCUAUCCUUUAAUGUUUCGCCAUGUUUCAGGGACCAGCAGAUUCCACCCAUCCACUUUAUCCUGGUACAAUGAGCAUGAAGUUUUACAAGUUGUUGAAAUGGUAGAAUCUAUUAUGAAAAGCUGGCCCAGCGAAUGGGGAAAAUCGAAUCAAAUGGAAAUCUGUGUUGUAUCUUCUGAAUUUCAUCAGAUUCGCUGCCUGAGACAGGAACUUAGAUUACAUAGAUUCAAAGAUGUUAAUGUAGAGAACGUCUCCAAUAUUCAAGGAAGGCAGUUCAGAGUGAUGAUCAUCUGUACAGUGCAUACUCGUGAAAGCAGUAUCUCUUCAAAGGGAGCUGGUUUAGAGUUUUUCAGUCAACCCAGGGUUUUGAACACAGCCAUGACACGGGCUCAAUCUCUUGUAAUAGUUGUUGGCAAUGCUUUGGCUCUUUGCUCUUUUGGAAACUGCAGAAAAAUUUGGAAGAAGUAUAUACAGGAGUCCAUUGACAAUGAAAGCAUUUACCCCGAGGAUCUGUCAAUGGAGCAGAUUAAACAAGCCAUUGAUGACACUGAAUACUGGGCUCCUAGAGAUGAAGAUGAAAGUGACAGUGACUCAGAAAAAGGCCUUGACCCAAUACUGCAAGAACUUCUGGAUGAGAGCAAGAACGUGACAUUAACCCUAACAGAGGAGGGAUUUGUAGAUUUUGUUACAGGUGAGGUUAACGAACAGGAACAUACGAGUAGUGAAGUGUCCUUUCAAUCCUCUCAGAAGAGGAACAAUGUACAGUACACAGAUUAUCCAAAGGAAGUCCUGCAAUCACUGCUGUUAUCUGAUCCUUAUAAAUAUAAGCAAUGUGAAAUAGUCAUGGAAAAGUUUUACAAAGGCUAUGCCAUCGUUCUCGAUGAUCCUCAGGGUAUACACAUUAAAAUAGAAGGUCGAGCUAAUUGUGGAAAAUCAUUUCCCGGUGACCAGGUUUUGGUUGAAGUUCUUUCACUGAGGUCUGAGGAAGGCGACAUUCCUGAUGUAAGUGGAAAGGUUGUUGGCGUUUUGAAAACAGGUGACCUGCCACGAACCUUUGUCUGCAGAGUUGAUGAAUAUGAUUCACAAGUCAUGGUUCCUAUCAACAAAUGUGUUACAAAAAUCUACACACCAUGGCAUAAGAGGAUUUGCAACAAAAUCCCUAUUCGCAGAGCCAAUAAAGAUAGAUGCUAUGAGACAGUAAGAACUAUAAACCUUACUGAAGAAAUAAGAAGAGAUAAGUUCUUUGUUGUUGAAAUAAUAUGUUGGCGAGAAAGUUUUUACCUUCCUCUAGGAAUUGUUACUAAGGUUCUCCCUGCAGCAGUAACCAUGGAUCGUGGAAUGGAAGUACUGAACUUAGAAUAUCAAGUUAAUGACAGCUUUCCAAAUGAAAUUACCAAAGAGCUGAAGCUGCUCAGUCAGGAAUCUAAAAAACUUAAUGACAAUCGAAAGGAUUGCCGGAACUACUUUACAUUUACAGUGGAUCCAGUGGAUUCCAAGGAUCUUGAUGAUGCUAUUAGUGUGAGAGAUUUAGAUGAAUACUAUGAAAUAGGUGUUCACAUCACAGAUGUAACAAGCUUUGUGCCAAAAGGUAGUUUUUUAGAUGCUGAGGCUCAGAGACGUGGACUUACUUACUAUCCUCCUACAGGAGAUCCAAUUCACAUGCUUCCUCCAACGCUGAGCCAAAAACUCUGCAGCCUUCUCCCUGGAGAAGAUCGCAAGGUCAUCUCUUUGUUUGUUCAGGUACAAAAAAGUACAGAUAUAGUUGUAAAAGCAAACUUUUCACUUUCUGUCAUUCAGUCCAAUAGGAAACUUACUUAUGAAGAAGCAGAGGAUAUUAUCGAACAUUUUAGUGGAAGUGAAUUGAGAUUUGGUACUUUGGAGGACUCAGUUGCAGUAGCCUUUCACUUUGCCAGAAUUCACCGAAAGUACAGACUUCAAGAUGGUUAUUACUAUGAAAAGCCUGAUGAACAUAGACAACUAGGAAAGAGAAGGCCCCAUCAGAUGAUUGAAGAACUCAUGAUCAUGAUGAAUAGCUUUGUUGCUGAAUUCUUGACCAAUAAGAUGAAAACAAUGAAUGUAACUCCAGUGAGAUGCCAAGGUGCUCCUGCUCAUCAGCAAAUGGUAAAUCUAAAGCAAAAGUAUAAAGACUUGGUUUGCCUUUCCAUUCAUCUCUCUCAUCUAAUGGCUGCUGGACCAAGUUCUCAAUCUCCAUCUUUUAACGAAUUCCAAAUCUUGUCGUCUUUAUGGGAUUGUCUGAUAAAAGCGGCAAAGGAUACUGAAAUUCACAAGCUGAUAGAUUUCAUUGCCACAGAUGACAUCCACCCAAAUCUUGCACCGAUAUCAUUAGAGCUGAGAAAACUUAUGCUCAAAGCCUUCACUAUUCGAUCUAACUCAACAUUACUUUCAAAACAGGGUCAUUAUUCUCUUCACGUUGAAUCUUAUACUUGGGCCACAUCACCAAUUCGGCGGUAUCUAGAUAUAGUUAUUCAACGUCUCCUUUCUCAAGUUUUACGCAAGGCAGAUAUUCAAUACACCAGACAGGAAAUUGACAAAUUUUGCAUUGACUUCAAUAGGAAAAAAAGGAAGGCUUCAAGCUAUGAAAAAAUAGCUGACAGUCUUUACUUAGCAACUCAGUUUCAAAAUCAAGGUCUGAAAAAACUGGCAUUUGCUGUCAAUGUUGAACCAUUGUCAAGGCACUUUGGUGUUCUGUUCGCUUUGAACUCUGAUGCUCUUUCAGAGGCCCACUGCAUAAACUACAGAACCCUGCAGCUGGUGGAUCAACCUGCAUUUAAUGAGGAAUCUAAAACAAUGAAAUUGAUGUGGAGGAAAAGAAUCUACAGUUUAGAAACUUCAAGAAAAACUUUCUUUCCACCGGGCCAAUUCAGCAAUCCAUAUGUCCGAAGGAUUAAUAGUAGCACAUGGCAGGAGCUUUUAAAAGCAGUCAAAUCAGAUGAAUUUUCCAAGGUAGCUGCUCUUGUCUUGGAGGAGAACAAACGUUGUCGAUCUGAUGUGAUGAAAGAGCAUUUUGGCAAGAUAGAAGUAAGCAAGUGUCAACCUUCACAUUAUGUAACAAUUUCUAUGGAAGUGAAAAAUGGUGAAGCGUUGCAAAUACAGCUGACUAAAGGAAUAAACAAUGGGUUCUUGGUACCAGCUGUGCAAUUGUUUAGUGUAACUCCAGUGUUUGAGAUUUGUGUGGAACAUGCAGAAAAUCCUGUUACCUGCUUUUCAGAGUAUGCUUCACAGUCAACCCAAAAAAACUACAAUGAUAUAAAGGCAUAUCAAGCUGUCUGGGGACCACUGUGUGCAAUGGAAUCUGCAUCAAGUGCUGUGGCUGAGAAUGAAGUUAUAGUCAUUUAUGGUGUUAAGAUAGCUUGGAAAAACAAAAAUAUGCAUGGUAAAAUUCUGUAUGGCUCUUUCACUAUUUCCAAAGAAAAUUGUAAAAAUUGGGCCAUUGAAAGUGCACUGGCCAAGUGCUAUUUGUGUCUCCGGUGUAGGUGCUUGAAGCAAAAUGUGGCAAAUGAUCUGACCAAAAAUGAAGAGCCUCUUUACCAAAUUAUGAGGAAACCCGAUGCGCCAGAAAAUUCUUCAGAACUAAAUAUUGACCCUACCAGUUACACUUGGGUGGCGCAUGCUGUGACUAAUGUAUUUUCCAAUGAUGGUCCGAAACCUGAUAGAGAAACCAACUUGAGGACAGAUUUUACUGUACACCAAAUGCCCAUGGACACCAUCCCUAAGGAAAUAUUUCAGGAGGAUACAAGAUUCAUUGUGGAAAUAAUCCCAAAGCAACUUCCUGAAAUACGUAAGGAGGAGGCUGUUCGGAAACUUGCUGAUGCAUCACCACUUGCUCAGAGUAUAGCACUGGCUCAGCAGAUGCCUAUUAGAAGGCUACAAAAAAACAAGCAGAAAUGCUACAAUAUUCCUAGGCUACCAAAGCUCAACCCGAGCCAAGAAAAUGCAGUUCGUUGUGCUCUUCAAAGUCCCUUUACACUUAUUCAAGGCCCGCCAGGAACAGGAAAAACUAUGGUUGGAGUUCAUAUCGUAUAUUGGUUCCAUAAAAUGAAUCUGGAGCUUAAUCCACCUAUUGGCCCAGCAGGACCAGAUGGGCACAAUAAAAACUAUAUACUGUACUGUGGACCUUCCAACAAAUCCGUCAAUGUUGUUGCCGAAUACCUCCUGGAGCUGAAAGCAGAGCUGAAACCACUCCGUGUUUACAGUGAGCAAGUGGAGAUAAUGGAUUUUCCAUAUCAAGGCAGCAACCUGUUGAUCUCAAAGAGAUCCCUGAGAGAAGCAAAACCAAAACCUGAACUGAAGCCAAUAACCCUACAUUACAGAAUCCGACAGCCUUCAAAUCCUUAUGCAAAUAGAAUAAAAGAGUUUGAUGUCAAGUUUCAAACUGAAGCAGAAGUGACAGAGGAUGAAAUAAGAGAGUACAAGGAAUUGCUUGACGCUGCUCGCAAAUUUGAAUUUAGAUGUCAUAAUGUCAUCCUUUGUACCUGUGCCACUUCUUCCAGUAAAACUCUACAAAGAUUAAGAAUGCGCCAGAUCUUGGUGGAUGAGAGCGCCAUGUGCACAGAACCAGAAUUAUUGAUCCCUAUCGUCGCACAUAAAAAAGCAGAGCAGAUUGUUCUUCUGGGAGACCAUAUGCAACUGCGUCCCAUUAUAUCCAAUGAGUUCUGUCGACGCCUUGGCAUGGAGACAUCACUGUUUGAGCGCUAUGAGCGCUAUGUUCAACAUGGAUUGCUCCUGGAUGUCCAAUAUCGGAUGCAUCAAGAAAUUUGCCAGUUUCCUUCUGAUAAAUUUUAUGGAGGAAAAUUAAAGACUGAUGGAAGGAUUGCAUCUCGCCCGAGAAGUGUCUUCUGUCAUGCUGGCAAGCACCAUUGCCCGAUAAUCUUUGGGCAUAUGGUGGGGAAUGAAAUUAGUUUGAUGGUUUCGACAGAAGAGGGAAAUGAGAAUUCCAGAGCAAACAAGCCAGAGGCUGAAAAAGCUGUGCAUAUUGUGCAUCAGUUAUUACUCAAUGAUAUCAAACCAAGCGACAUUGCAGUUCUGACACCUUAUAAUGCACAGGUGAUUGAGAUAAGCAAACUGUUCAAAGCAAAAGGAAUUAAAGGUGUUACUGUCUGUACCAUCGUCAAAAGUCAAGGAAGUGAAUGGCGUUAUGUCAUCUUCUCUGUUGUUCGAUCUCUUUUAAAGAAAGAUAUUGACACACAACCUUCAAAAUCCUGGCUGAAGCAACAUCUGGGUUUUAUCACUGAUCCAAAUCAAGUGAAUGUUGCACUUACUAGGGCAAAGGAAGGCCUUUGUAUCCUCGGAAAUGAGCAUUUGCUGAGCUGUAGUUAUCUCUGGAAGGACUUGUUGGCACAUUAUAAGAGGAAGAAUAGUUUUGUGGAUGCAGAGCAAAUUUAUGUGAGAAGAUAAUUAUGGUUUAACACCCAGCCAAAGGAUCCGAGAAUUUUCAAACUAUCUGAAAUGUUAAAAAUUUCACAGAACAGCUUUUUGCUUCCAGUUCUGUUUUUGUAAUAUGAUUUAUUAUAUUUCCUUUUACUUCUGUACCACAACUGAAAGUGAUAGUUCAUUUAAAGUUUUGGUCAAUCAUUAUCUCAUGCUUUCUUAGUGCAAUUAUAGAGAAUUCUAAAUUUAUUCAGAUUUUAUACACAAGAUUAUUGUUCAGAUUAAGUAAUCUGAAUUAUUUAGACCAUAAAACCAUAAAUAUAGGACCAGAAUUGGGCCAUUUGGCCCAUCAAGUCUACUCUGCCAUUUCAUCAUGGCUGAUCCAUUUUUUAGAGAAUUCCAAAUUUAAAUUUAGAGUUUAAAUAAUUCAGAUUAAUUAUUCAGAUUUUACUGUCUUUAGUCUAUGAAUAUAUUUAAUGCAGAUUUUUCAAAAUGAGUGCAUUUUAUAACUUAGAUGCAACUUUAUAAAAAAGUUUAGAUUUUAAAAAUACAUUGUAUAUUGUCAAUCUUUUUUAUUCAGAAGCACAUUUAGCACUUUUUGCUUAGAAUUGAAUGUGAUCUGUAAUAUGUGAACUGAUUUACUACAUUCCUAGCUUUUUAAAGUCAAGAAAUUGGCUUCACUUUUAUGAGCAAAUAAAUUGGCAGUGUUACAUUGCAAUUAAAUGACUUAAUUAGAAAGUAUACAUUUUAAUUCCAGGUGUUUUGAAAAUACAUUUAUUUUAAUCUUUUAAAGAAUGUUUUUUACCAAAGCAUAUAAUCUAUACUGUGGAUUUAUAUUUUUCGUGAAAUUGAUUGUUUUUCCUUGUGUGUUUUACUUUUCAUGUUCAUUGUAUGAUUUAAUUAAGUACAUUUCCAGUUUGGUGGUAAAAUUUCAAUUGACAAAGUACAUUUUAGGAAUGGCUUUCUUAAAAAUUAAAGAAUUAAUAUUGGUUAAAAACAUAAUGUUACUAGAUCUGGGAAAUGAGAUGGUUGAUGUUGCUAAUUACUUAAUGAUGCAACAAUUUGCUUAUUUAAAAGUCUAUCUUGUGAUACAACGUUACAAUGGCCUUUUAUUAUAAGGGAUGUUUAGCCAUGGGAAAUGGUGGAAAUGUUCAGAGGGUUAGGCAGCCUUGUGGUUCAGAUUAUUGUCAUCGAUCAUCAGGAAUAUGAAACAACUUAAGUUUUGUGUUUUUUUAUGAGUGUUAAUUCCAAAUGAAAACAACUUUAGGUUAAUUAAACCAGAAUAGGAGGAUGCUGCUUGGUUUAAGUAUUUCUAGCAUAGGAGCUAUUUUUGUGCUUUCAUUAUGUAGCAAUAAGAAUAUUUAUCAAUGUGCAAACAGCAUUGCUAAAUAACUAGUAUAUUUGACCAUCUAACCUUACUGUGAUGUUUUCUGUUUAUUAUCACAUUCCUUUUGCUCAGGGAAAGGUUAGAAAUUUGGAAGUUUUCUCUUUUGAUGUGUUUGUCUACACAUUUACCUAUUGAACAUUUUAUUUCAAUAGACAAUAGACAGUAGGUGCAGGAGUAGGCCGUUCGGCCCUUCUAGCCAGCUCCGCCAUUCACUGUGAUCAUACACAAUCAGUACCCCAUUCCUGCCCUCUCCCCAUAUCCCUUGACCCCGCUAUCUAUGAGAGCUCUAUCUAACUCUCUCUUGAAUGCAUCCAGAGACUUGGCCUACACUGCCUUCUGGGGCAGAGUAUUUCCUCUAUUAAUUGACAUCCAAGACCUCUUCUUACAUUUGAAUAAGGCUAAAAAGAUAAUUCUCUGUAGAUAAUCAUAUUUCUCAAUGCUCUCUGUUGAACUCUUACUUAAAAUGAAAGCUUCCCCAGCAUAUCUGUCAGUUCCUUGAUCUAAUUUUCUCUAAUUCAAUACAAUACAUGUUUGGGAAAUAGUUUUGAGAACUGAAGUUGCCAUAUUCUUAUAUUAGGUCUCUAAAAUUCUUCAUCUAUUACAUUUGAAUAGGUCUCUUUUUAUCAAAAACUUUACAUUUCCCGAUCAAUAUUCAUUCAACACCUUAAUCCUUCUGCAAAUGAAAGGGUGAUCUAUUUUAAGUUGACGUCAAUGCAUUUGAUCAUUUGAUUUUAAGCUUGAAUGUGCUGACAUGACAAAUGCAUGAUUUAGUAUUAUUACCAAAAAAAUUCUGUCUUUAUGUUUUUGAAUUCUGAUUACCGUUAGCCCCCAGAUGAAGUUACUUCACAAAUUUGUGACUUCAUAGUAUAUUAAACUACUCUAAUGUUAGAAUGAAGAGUUUCACAAACAGUCCCUGGUUCAUCUUGUAAUCUAAAUUUAAAUUCAGCAAUUGUUGAGCUGAUUGUUGGGUAUUUAAUAUUUCAGUAAUAUUGUAAAUAUAUUGUUCAAUUAAGCAUUCUUGUUCAUUUAUAUAAUUCAAUACAUUUAUAUGUAAAACUAUGUGUAUCACAUGCUACCAUGCAAUACCUCACCUAAAGUAAAAAAAUGAAGUACACAACUUUUCUCCCAACUUCCUUGUUUUGCUUUCAAUUAGUUCUCAUGUUUUCAGUUACAAAACAUAACACUGCUAAUUCUUCUUUCCUACUGCAAGCAAAUGUGCAUAAUCACCACUUGAUUCUAACCUCUUAUCAAUGCUUCAAUUGACCUAAUCAUCAUAUACUAAAAAAGUGUCAAUGUAAAGACAAUCCUUAUAACCUUUAAUCUGUACUUUAAAAAAAUUGAAACUACUGUUUCUAUUCUGGUUUUCCAUAAGAUACCUCUUCAAGGUUAAUUACGUUUUUCUGGAGUUCUUUAUUUUAGAACUGGUCAGCCAACUCACUCAUCAUAUUGGGAGAUAUUGUCAAGACUUUCUUACACUCUGGAGGUUUGAUUGAGCUUCUCUGUUCCACAUUUCUCUGGGCACUGACAUGUGUGGAACAUAUUUAAGUGCAAAUAUAAUCUAUAAGUUAAAGCACAAGGGUUAAGUGCAUUAUAAUGAACUGAGACCAUCAUGUCUUUUAUGCAUAUUCUUUGUUUCUUUUGUAACUUAUUGUUUUAACGUGCUUUUUAAGUGCAGACUAUGUCUACAUCCAACAACCUAUAUUUUAUAAAUUGCUGUGAUUUGAAGCCUUUUAAAAUUUUUGCCAGUCUACUUAGUAAUAAUUUGGUGUCAUAAAUUGAGUUGCAGAUACAAUAUAUGUUUUUGUAUUGUAAAGAAUUAUUUUUAAAUAUUGUUGCAAUAUUCAUUCUUGAAAGAAUAUAAUUUGAAAUCUUCAAUAAAUUUCUGUAGAUUUUUGUAAUAUAAAUUCUUACUGUAUCUCUGUUACAGGGUUCCCCAAUAUUUUACUUAAGAAUUAAUAAUACUGGAAUCAAUUUUGUUCCAUAGCAA